UUCCACCAUUUUUGUGUUUGUUUUCUGUGUAUUGUGUGUUAAUUGGCUGUGGCAGCCAUCUUGAAUUAUAAUGACUUCCUGUCAGAUUUGAGAACAAGAUGCUCUAUGAAUCUUGUUGUUUCUGUUGAACAAAACAAGACGGGUGUGACUGUUAUCACUGGAGCUUUUCACAUUUACAAAAGGUUAUCACUGCAACCCCCACCCAAAAAAAAAAAAAGAAUCUGUGUGCACCUCAUCUUUAACUUGACCUCUUUUUCUCCUUCUUCUCUUCAUUCCCUUGUUUUUUUAAUUAAGAAUGAAUAGAUAUUAAACAGAAAWCAUGUUUCUCUGUUUGAACAUGUGAGAAGUAAAAGGUAAAAAGUGAAUGAAGCUUGAGGACAAACGAGUGAAAAGAAUAAAACGAAGCGRCUCUUGUUCGUAAGAGUUGUGAAACCCGGCAGACGUUUGAAGAUGAAAGGAGGCAGGGAUGCUCGUCAGAACCGUGGGAGGAAAAGAAGAAGAGUAAAACGCUACUGUGGGUUUUACCUUGAAGCUCCYGGGGAAGAGAGUGUGAUGAUGAMGAGGAGGAAGAGGAAYAGGAGGAGGGGGGAUGCUGGAGGUUCAGCUCUCAGAAGCAGGAGAGGCAGAGGCUGAAGCACAGCUGGAGUCAGGCUCAGGAGGAGAAACCAUGACGAGGAAAGCUCCAGGUUUUCUUCUGCGCUGAACUGGAUUUAACUUUUACUCAGGCGACGUUUCAAAACUGGAUUCUGUUGCUAAUCUUUUCUUCUACCUCCAAGAGUGAAAACCAGUCCAGAACAUGGUUUCCUGAGCCACCUUCCCACCGACGCGACGCAGGGAUUUCACCAAGUCUAGGUCAUGUCUGCUUUCCUUCCCAACGCCAACAUCUCAGGAGGCACAGCGGCUCUGCUGGAGACCGCCGACGGCCAAUCUAACCUGACCACAGCCUCUCCGGCAGGACACGGGCCGGGCCAGACGCUGCCGCUGCCGCCACUCUGCACCCUCUGCUGCUGUGGCCUCAUCAAUCGCACCCUCGCUGUGGCUUUCAUGGUCAGCCUGGCCUUUGCUAUUGUGGUUGGAAAUGUCAUCACGCUCACAGUGUUUGUGCAAACGAGGCAGUCAAGAACACCGCAGGGAUACUUAAAAGUGUCUUUGGCCGUUGCAGACAUGAUGGUUGGAGUCGUCGUGGUUCCGUUCUCCGUCUACACUGAGGUCUCUCUGAUGGUGACCAGUACUCCUCCCAUUUGGUACCAGAGCAGCACCAUUGCACCAGCAGCCUCCUCCUCCUCGCUUGUCGGACCAUCUGGCUCUUGGCAACCCUGCAUGCUGAUUGGUCCGGUCUUUGCCGGGUGCACGUUCGUCUCCAUCAGCACCAUCUUCCUGAUGACCCUGGAGCGCAGCGUGGCCAUCCUGCGGCCUCUGCACAAGGACACGUUGGUGACAAGGAAACGAACGCUGUUCCUCAUCCUCCUCUCCUGGUCGUCCAGCUUCCUGCUGGCUCUGGCUCCUCUCGUCUUCAGCCACAACUUCACUCUGGAGUACAACGUGUGCAGCCGCAUGUGCAACUACACCCCGCUGCUGUUUGGAGGUCAGCUCCCGUCGGACGCCAACAUUCUGCUGCUUUUCCCAGCUUUCGACUUCACGCUCCUGGGCGGCACGUUAGCGGUCAACAUUGUGUCGUUCACCAGCAUUCGACGGUACACACGYAAACGCAAGCUGCUCUCAGAGGGGAGUCUGAGUGACGGAGGYGGGAGGGGAUGCUCCCACAGGCCUUCCUUCUCGGACAUCAAGGCCGCGAAGACCAUCGGCAUACUGACGUUCGCCUUCACGGCGUCCUUCUCCCCCAUAGCGGUUUUCGUGCUGGGGAACGUGGUGGGGUACACCUGGUGUAACUUCUCCUUUUUUGCCUUCUGGAUCCUGACAGGAAACAGUUGCUGUAACGUCGUAAUCUACAGCGUCAGGGACCACCGCUUCAGAAAGGGCGUGACCCUGCUCUUUCAAAGAGAGCAGUCGCCCCCACAUAGCGAGAAGACCUGAGGACCGGUUUCGACAAGCGUACGUGCGUAAUUUGAAUCGAUUAAAAUGUUAUUUACAUCUUUCUUGGGAACAAUUCCGCCUCGUGUUUGCAGAGCGUAUAAAAACACGCGGCCUUCUUCAAACCUGCUUUCUGGGAGUUUCAACCACAAAGGGACAGCUAGGUGUGAAGGCACAGACGACGAAUAACAGCAGCUCCUCAAACACAGUCAGAGGAGUUCAGAGCAGAAAAUAGUUUCAUUCUUUCAGCAGCUUGUAAGGGAAUCUGUCCUGGAUAAAACCAAGAUGUGAAAGACUAGUUUUUUUUAUUACGGGGUUAAUUUUCAGGAUUUUAUUUAACUGUUGGAGUGGAUCAGGAAUUUAUUUGGAGAUGGAACUGAGACUGACCCUGAAUUUUAAUGUUAUUUAACAAAAAAAGAUUGUUUUAAAUAAAAAUGGGUGUUCUGAUUA